UUUCUAGAAUUAUACUAUUGGGCAAAAAAAAAGAAGCAGCCCAGUAACUAUUGGUCAAUCAAACCAGCCCAACUAAUCUCCCGUUUAAAUUCAAAAAAAGUUCAAACGUCACAGAGCGAGCUUUACCGGUUAGACUUCCAUGGCAGCAAAGCCCUGACCUUUCAAAAUUCUCUCAAAAAUCAUCACUUUGAAUCAUCAUCAUCAUCAUUAACAUGGUCAUGGUCAUAUCAUAAUGGACGCAGACACUUGCCGUUGGAUUUUCGAAUUCCUAAUGCGAAGCACGGCGGUGCAAGACCACGUCAUCAAGAACCUCCUCCAAGUCCUCCCGCUCUCCUCCGCCGCCGCCGAAGACACUCGGUUCAAGAAGGCCGUCCUCCUCCGCACAAUCCAGUCCGAGAUAUCCGACGCAACGGUCACCGAGACGACGCUCCAGGCGCUGGAACUGAUCGAAGAGAUGGACCGAAACGACGGUGUGGAGAUCGGAGAGUCACUAAAGGCGGCGUAUAUGGCGGCGGCGGUGGAGUGCACGGUGAAGUACUUGGCUUUGGAGGGAAGCAAUGGGAAGUACUUCGAGGCGGUGAAGAGAGUGUGGAGGGGCAGAAUCGGUAAUUUGGAGAAAUCGGGGAACAAGAGCGAGUUGGUUGGGGAUAACGCCGAGUUGACUCGGUGGAAGAACGAUUUGGAGGCGGCGCUUUGGGAUGCCAAAACAGCAAAGAGGUUGAUGAAUUUGAAUGCAAGGGCCGAGGCUCUGCAAAAGCUUAGGGCUUUUUUAGGGGAGGCUUGGGCACUCAUGGGCCCUUCCUUUAUUGAAGUAGCGGCCGCCCGGGCUCCGGAGUUGGCUGCGAAUGAAGAGGAUAAACUUGUGGCAGGGAAAGAAAUGCAUAAGGGGAAUGUGCUUCCUAGACGCAAUCACAGUGCAUGCCAUAAACGCUCUAAAGGCGGAGUUAGGAUUGUUGAAGAAGAGGACAUGGACGCAUUAUGUAGCAAAUACGAUUCCUUGCCUACCCCUGAAGUUAAUAGGAUAAAAGAGGCACUUAAAUCCAGUUCUUUGGAGUUACAGGCAGUGGUGAAGGACCCUCACCCUGAUGCAAAAUCCAGUUCUUUGGAGUUACAGGCAGUGGUGAAGGACCCUCACCCUGAUGCAUUACGUUUGGCUGAAUCUGUAAUGUCUGACAUGGUGAAAAAAGAUAAGACACACGAACCUUCUGUAGAAAAUCAGAGUGGAAAAGACAUAAAUGCACUCAAUCCAUCCGUUGACAAAAGCAUAACGCCACAAGCUACUGACUCUGGUUGUGGAAAUCAGUCCUGCAUUCCUCAGAGCAAUUCUACUCGACCAAGCUUAAUGGAGCGGAAUAGCACUGCUCAUACUUAUGAGUGGGAUGAUUCCAUAGAUGGCUCACAAGAAGGAAUGACCGAUCGUGCAAAUAGACUUCACCUACCUAACCCAAAGAGAAAGAUUGUUUCUCCUUUGAGGAAGUAUAAGGUUAAAAAUUUUGUUAGGAGAACAAUCAAGAGAUGGAGUUUAUUGGAGGAAGACACUUUAAGGACUGGUGUGCAGAAGUUUGGUAAAGGAAAUUGGAAGCUCAUCUUAAAUUCCCACCGUGAUAUUUUUGAAGAAAGAACAGAGGUUGAUCUGAAGGAUAAGUGGAGAAACAUGACACGGUAUCUAGGAAGCAUGGACAUGGACAUAGGUAUGGGUACGGGCAUGGGUACGACACAGUAACAUAAACAAUUUCUAAAAAAUUAUAACAUAAAAUGGCCAGUAUAACAUCGUUUUGGCACUCUAAAUGAAAUGUCUGUACUUCCUAGCACGGUAUUGAACCCACAAAACAGAACGCAAAUUUUUUUGUAUUUUCUGAAGAGAUAAAAAUUUGCAGUAGUUUGUUAGUUCACCCCAUAACCUUUCCGCCUUGUACAUCAACAUGUGUAUAGUCUCAUGUAGUGCUAGUUCUUGUAGUUUUCUUGACUGAGUUAUACUCUCAUGUUCAUCUGAUGCCUUCCUAUGCUCGUAUUUCAGCUCGGUUAUGCUACACCAGUGAUGUGGGUUUAACGUAAUUACGUAGUGAGCUUAUUUUGGAUCAUGUUUUCACAUGUAUAUAUUUUAUUCCCCAUGAAUGAAAUGUAUGUAUUUUGAUAUUUCUGUACCUUGGCUAACUUAAAUUGAUGGAAUGGCCAAAUAUUCAAGAAUGGAUAGGUUUUUAAGCGAUUUUGCUGUUAGGGGCUUACCUGCACAACGUAUUUGUUAUCGUUGUUUUAUGGUGUACCACUGCUAAACAUGCAAAUUGUAGCCAUCUGUUUCACAUUGUUUGAACUUUGAAGUGCGACUGUGCGAGUAUGCCCCAUACCUUACUGGAAAUGGCUUUAGCCUUUAGGUAGUGCAGCUCGGAAGUGGAUGUAAUUAUUCAGAAUUCAAGGCUU